AUGGACACUAAGAUUGGAUCAAUCGACGCGUGUACCCCGACCAACGGCGGUAUCGGCGGGCCUCCAAAUGGCGGCGUCUGCACCGUUCAAAACUCCAGUCCUUCUCACUCCACCGCCAUCAGCCCCUGCGACGCGACUCUUGGCCGUUACUUAGCGAGACGCCUAGUCGAGAUCGGUGUCACCGACGUCUUUUCCGUUCCGGGAGAUUUCAACCUGACGCUUCUCGACCACCUGAUCGCCGAGCCAAGCCUCAAACUGGUCGGCUGCUGCAACGAGCUCAACGCUGGAUACGCGGCGGACGGUUACGCCAGAUCGCGCGGCGUCGGGGCGUGCGUGGUGACGUUCACCGUCGGCGGAUUAAGCGUCCUGAACGCGAUCGCCGGCGCUUACAGCGAGAAUCUGCCUCUGAUUUGCAUCGUCGGCGGUCCAAACUCCAACGAUUACGGCACCAACCGGAUUCUUCACCACACAAUCGGUUUACCUGAUUUCACCCAAGAGCUCCGGUGCUUUCAAGCGGUCACUUGCUACCAAGCUGUGAUCAAUAACCUGGAAGAGGCGCACGAACUCAUCGACACAGCGAUCUCCACCGCUUUAAAAGAGAGCAAACCUGUUUACAUAAGUAUAAGCUGCAAUUUGCCGGCGAUUCCUCUUCCGACUUUCAGCCGCCAUCCCGUUCCGUUCAUGUUAUCCCCGAGGAUGAGCAAUACGAUGGGCUUAGAAGCGGCGGUGGAGGCAGCUUCUGAGUUCUUAAACAAAGCCGUGAAGCCAGUUCUCGUCGGUGGGCCGAAGAUGCGAGUUGCGAAGGCCACGGAUGCUUUCGUCGAGCUCGCUGAUGCUUCUGGGUAUGGCCUCGCUGUGAUGCCAUCAGCUAAAGGACAAGUGCCUGAGCACCACAAGCAUUUCAUAGGAACGUAUUGGGGAGCUGUGAGCACAGCUUUCUGCGCUGAGAUCGUUGAAUCCGCGGAUGCUUACUUGUUCGCAGGUCCGAUCUUCAACGAUUACAGCUCCGUUGGGUACUCUCUGCUUCUCAAGAAGGAGAAAUCGAUCAUCGUGCAGCCCGAUCGGGUUACAAUCGGUAACGGACCUGCGUUUGGAUGUGUUCUGAUGAAGGAUUUUCUUAGCGAGUUGGCGAAACGGAUUAAGCGUAACAACACUGCUUACGAGAAUUACCAUAGGAUCUUCGUCCCAGAAGGGAAGCCUUUGAGAGAUAACCCUAAAGAGCCGUUGAGGGUGAACGUUCUGUUUCAGCACAUUCAGAAUCUGCUCUCUUCUGAGACUGCUGUGAUCGCUGAGACUGGAGAUUCUUGGUUUAACUGUCAGAAGCUGAAGCUCCCUGAAGGAUGCGGUUACGAGUUCCAAAUGCAGUACGGGUCGAUUGGUUGGUCAGUGGGAGCUACUCUCGGCUACGCGCAAGCCGUACCGAGCAAGCGUGUGAUUGCUUGUAUUGGAGACGGGAGUUUCCAGGUGACUGCGCAGGAUGUGUCGACGAUGAUACGGUGUGGGCAGAAGACGAUACUCUUCUUGAUCAACAAUGGAGGGUACACGAUUGAGGUGGAGAUUCAUGAUGGUCCUUACAAUGUGAUAAAGAACUGGAACUACACGGCGUUUGUUGAUGCUAUACAUAACGGAGAAGGUAAAUGCUGGACUGCGAAGGUGAGAUGCGAGGAGGAGCUUGUGGAAGCGAUUGGCACUGCGACUGGUAAGGAGAAAGAGAGCUUUUGUUUCAUUGAAGUGAUUGUGCAUAAAGAUGAUACGAGCAAGGAGCUUUUGGAGUGGGGAUCUAGAGUCGGUGCUGCUAACAGUCGUCCCCCGAAUCCUCAGUAG